AUGUCGUCGCGACGACCUUCAGUACGGCCAGUGGUCGUCGAGGUCACUCCAGACAAUGCGCCGUCGAACCUCGCACCAUCCAGCCCGCCAUCACCCAAAGCCGUGCGAUUCGCUCCAACUUCUGACAACCGCGCCUCCCGACCAUUGACAUCCACUGAGGCCUGGAGCCUCUACUACUUCGAAUACCAUGCUCGACACUGCCCAACGUGCUACCAACCGCUCGAGGUCUACCGACGAGGCAAUCGACUCUGCGACGCAGGCCAUGGUCUCGCUCAAGACGUCGCCUGCCAUGUCUACCAUCGCGACGGAGAAAUCUACAGCGCUAAACGAGACGAAGAGUCCAAACUCGUCCGUGUCGAAAUCCCCCACGGCUACUCUCAACUACGCAGCCUUCUCAAGGCCAUGGACCACGACAUCCGACGCUCUCGUCACCGAACCGUCCCCAUCCUAAGCUACGACCGUUCCUACCCGGUCUCAGCAAGACGAUACUCAACUUCAAAAGAAGACAACGAACCCGCCAACGUUAUCAUCGAACCGGCCUCUUCCAAUCGCCCUCAUCGUCGAUCAUCCAAGCACAAAUCCGUCCGCUACUCCACCGUCCAAGUCGACCACGACGACAUCGAGCAAGUCUCAGCCGUCAAGACCGCUGCACCAUCCACAGCCGCAACAACCACCACCGCCUCCUCGUCAUCAUCCCGCCGAGGCACCCUCUACGAAAAGGACAUGCAACGCAAACAAAAGGACUACCGCGUCGAGAUCCGAGAACCAUCGUCUUCUUCCUCAGACUACCGCAAGGAGAGGAGGAAAAGCCACCGAGACAGUGGGAUUUGGAUUUGA